UCAGGCUACAUCUUUUGGAAGGACAUCAAAAAAACGAGCUGCGGUCUCCUCAGAAGACCAUGAUGAAUAUGGAGAUAAUUAUUCGCAUACUUCGUUUAUUACGACAUUAUCCUAUAUCUACCUCCUCAACUGAUACAUCCACUGUUAUUAUCAUAAAACAAGCAAAAUUAUCGACAUAUGUUGGCGUCCACCAUUACGUGCACCCGAAAUACCAAAAUUUGAACGUCUCGUCCUCCGUGCAACAAUUUACAAUUUCCGAAGUAAAAGCAUUAUUCCAUUUCCUCUGUCCGCAUGUGAAGUUACCAGAACGAAAAACACUUGCCGGUUGCAUUUUGAAGGAUGCCAGCACAAACGACGAUUACGGAUCUUGCCUGCAAAGAUCAAAUAGGUGUGACAAUCGCCUUUGA